UAUGGCAGCUGCAGCACCCGCUUGGAUCACCGCUAAAUAUCUGGAAGAUGCACUGCGACGGCACUACCAGGAGCCCCAUAUUGUGGUAGUUUUCCUUCAGCUCCAGUCAGCUCUGGGCAAGGGUGAAAACUAUGGAGCCGUCCUAACACGUAUACGUCUCGUGUACCGCAUAGGAUUGGGUCAAGAGGUUACCGAAUAUCUGAUAGCCAAGACUAAGCUGGAUGAUGAGGAUGCAGACACCAGAGAGAAGAAGGCACCCUACGACAUCUACAAUCGCGAGCUGGAGAUCUAUGAGGAGGUGCUGCCGAAGCUGCAGCAGCUGGCAGGUGAGAGACUCUGCCCCAAAGUGCUGCACAUAAAUCGCCAGCGAGGAGCUCUCAUCAUGGAGGACCUCAGCAGGCAGGGUUAUGUGAUGGCCCCGCGAUUGGAGAGAUUGGAUGAGCAGCAUUUGAGAUUGGUGCUGAGAAAGUUGGCCAUGAUGCAGGCAGCCUCGGCAGUGCUGGAGGAGAGGUCCCAGCGAGAGGGUUGUUUCUCCCUAAAGAGGUACGAUCGCGGAUUUUUUAAUCGCUAUACGGAGAGCUUUCGUUCGUAUUUCGUGGGAUGUCUGAUGUCAUGUGCCAGCUACCUUAAGACACAGCCGGGCUACGAAAAGCAUUCUGAAUUGCUGGAUGAGCUGUCUCCCCAUUAUAUGAGACUGGGACUGCUUUGCUUUCAGCCCGAGGCAGAGCACAUAAAUGUGCUGACUCACGGCGAUGUUUGGACAAACAACAUGAUGUUCAAGUACGGUGCGGAGGGGCCAGUCGAUGUGCUCCUGAUUGACUUUCAGUAUGCCUUCUGGGGCUCGCCCACGCUGGACAUUCAUCAUCUUCUGAACACCUCAGCGGUGGAGCGGGUGCGAAGCGAGCGUCAGCUGGAGAUGAGAUGUGUCUAUCAUGAGGUGUUUGUUCGUGAGCUACAGAGGCUCAAGUUCAAGAGUCAGAGGUUGCCCAGUCGGAAGCAGUUCCAUUUGGAAUCGGAGCAGAAGCGUUUCUACGCUGUCCACUGCGGUCUGCUGCUGCAACCUGUGCUGCUCAACAGGGACGAUACGGAUGCAGAUUUCGCAGCUCUGCUCUCGGAUCAACCUCGCGGACUGAACAUGAAACGAAGGCUCUACCAGAACGAAGCCAUUCAGGGGUCCAUCAGACAACUGGUUACAGAAUUCGAACUUGAGGGACUGUUAGACCCGCAGCAAUAUGAUGGACUUACCCUUAAUGAAGUGGGGUCUGGCUCCUUUUGAUAAACUCCCACCACA